GUCCCCCAUUACACCACCACCACCAUUACCAAGAAAGAAAAAGAACUUUACUUACCCUCUUCUCUCAAUCCUUUGAUCUGGUAGUGAGAAUAUUUCUUCUCUUUCUCUCUCCUAUUUUUUCUUCAAUAGGGUUCUUAACUUGUUUUCAAGAUUAUACAUAUAUCUGAAACCCUAAUUUUCGAUUACAAUUCACGACUUUAGAUUCAUCCAAUCGAACCUUCAUUUCUGAAAGUUGACGAAUAAUCAAAUUUCACACCAUCAAAUUACUUUUCUCCGAAUUUGAGGAGCAGAGAAGAAGUGUGAGAAAUUAAGAUUUUUCGACGAGUUUUGGAAUCAGGAUCUUUCAGAAUCUCGAAGCUGAAUGAUGGCAUCCAUGGUAGCGAAAGCGAGUACUAGUAGUUGUGGUCCAUUAUCUCCUUUGUCUGUUCAAGAGAAAGGGAGUCGGAAUAAGCGAAAAUUUCGAGCUGAUCCACCAUUAAAUGACCAUAAUAAGGUUUUACCCUCAAACUUAAAUGAUGGGUCGAGUUAUGAAUUUUCAGCUGAAAAAUUUGAGAUGGCAGCUAGUCAUGCUCACUUGCCUAGUCCUUGUGAUGUCUGUGGUGUAUAUCAAGACCAUUCCGACAGUUUGAAACUUGACCUUGGAUUGUCGAGUGCUUCUAUGGGGGAUUCGUCUGAGGUGGGUUCUAGUCGUCCUAGAGAGGAAGUAGAAAGUGAUGAGUUUCAAGAUGCUGAUUGGAGUGAUCUUACUGAAAGUCAGUUGGAGGAGCUUGUUUUGAGCAAUCUCGAUGCUAUAUUCAAGAGUGCUAUUAAGAAGAUUGUCGCAUGUGGAUACACAGAAGAAGUUGCUACCAGGGCUGUUUUAAGGUCCGGUCUUUGUUAUGGGUCAAAAGAUACUGUAUCUAAUAUUGUGGAUAAUGCUUUGGUAUUUCUUAGGAGUGGGCAAGAUAUUAAUCCUUCAAGGGAGCAUUGUUUCGAGGAUCUACAGCAGUUGGAGAAGUAUGUGCUGGCAGAGUUGGUAUGUGUUCUCCGAGAGGUCAGGCCUUUCUUCAGCACCGGAGAUGCAAUGUGGUGUUUGCUAAUUUGUGACAUGAAUGUGUCACAUGCCUGUGCCAUGGAUGGUGACCCCUUAAGUAGUUUGAUCGGUGACAGUUCUCCAAAUGAUAGUUCAUCUUGUCCCUCUCAGCCCCAAUUUAAAGCUGAGUCCAAUAGUACAGAGGUGAGUCUUCCUAGACUCUCUAAAGCAGCUCCAACAAUUCCAUGCAAUGUAAAUCAGACUGACUCAGUUGCUGGAGUUCCAAACCUCACCAAGACAAAGAGUUCCCUUGUUUCGAAUGGGCCAACUUCAGAUAAAGACGGCUCAACGUCUUCAUCAUCUAAUUCUAUAGAUAAGCCUUUCAGUGCAGUAGGUAUAUCACGCUCUCUUUCCCUAGAUGAAAAGUUUGUGUCAAGCAGGAAGACACAUUCUAGCAGCUCAAAGAGAGAAUCUACGCUUCGACAGAAAUCCCUUCAUUUAGAGAAAAGCUACAGGUCGUCUGGGGCAAAAGGGUCUUUUAGAACGGCAAAGUUCAGUGGUUACAUCUUGGAUAAAAGAAUCAGACCUACAUCUGAGUCAGCCGGUCUUAAUUUGAAGAAUGCUUCCCUAAAAAUUAGCAAAGCAAUGGCGAUGGGAUUGGAAUUGGCCCAUGAAAAUGGAAGCCUCAGUUUCUCUGCCUGUCCUGCGUUGUCUUCCUCUUCUCCUCCAAUUAAUCUAGAUGCCCGAAGUACCAUUUCUUCAAUAACCAAAACAGAUCAUACUCCAGCUGCACCAGUGGCCAAAUCCAAACUAGCAGUGUCAGCUGCUGAUACUGAACUUUCUCUUUCUUUGCCAACAAAAGCCAAUCCUCUUCAAAAGAAUCCAAGCUGUAGUAGUGACGCUCCUAUUCCAAGCACUGCUGGGACUCCCUAUGAUAAGUCUCUGGCUCAGUGGGUGCCACAUGAUAAUAAAGAUGAGAUGAUUAUGAAGCUGGUGCCAAGGAUUCGGGAACUUCAACACCAGCUUCAGGAAUGGACGGAGUGGGCUAACCGAAAGGUAAUGCAGGCUGCCAGGAGAUUGGGCAAGGAUAAAGCUGAACUCAAGACUUUGAGGCAAGAAAAGGAGGAAGUAGAACGGCUCAAGAAGGAGAAGCAAACUUUAGAGGAGAACACCAUGAAGAAGCUUUCUGAGAUGGCGAAUGCACUGGGUAAGGCUAGUGGACAGGUUGACCGAGCCAAUGCCGCUGUCCGGAGGCUUGAGGGGGAGAAUUCAGCGCUCAGGCAAGAGAUGGAAGCUGCCAAGUUACGAGCAGCAGAGUCUGCUGCAAGCUGUCAGGAGGUCUCAAAGCGAGAGAAGAAGACAUUGAUGAAGUUUCAGUCAUGGGAAAAGCAGAAAGGCAUGUUCCAGGAGGAGCUUGGUGCCGAGAAACGCAAGUUAUCUCAACUUCAGCAGGAGCUUGAACUAGCUAAAGAUCUUUACAAUCAGCUUGAGGCUCGGUGGAAGCAAGAGGAAAAGUCAAAGGAAGAACUACUCGCUCAGGCAAAGUCGAUAAGAAAAGAAAGAGAACAGCUCGAGGCAUCUGCAAAGUCAAAGGAGGAUGCUAUAAAACUUAAAGCAGAAGGAAAUUUUCAGAAGUAUAAAGAAGAUAUACAAAAGCUCGAGAAAGAAAUAUCGCAGUUGAGACUGAAGACCGACUCAUCAAAGAUAGCAGCUCUAAAGAGAGGCAUUGAUGGAAGUAUUACUAGCAGGAUCAUAGACGCCCAAAGUACCCCUACUGCUAAGCAAUCCCGGGAUACAUAUAAGUCAGGACUGGCAAACAGUUUCCAGGAAAUUUCAGCUUCUGGAGGGGUAAAACGGGAAAGGGAGUGCGUGAUGUGCCUCUCGGAAGAGAUGUCUGUAGUUUUUCUUCCUUGCGCUCAUCAGGUAGUUUGCAAAAUGUGCAAUGAACUCCAUGAGAAGCAAGGCAUGAAUGAUUGCCCUUCAUGUAGGAGCCCCAUACAUAGGCGUAUUAGCGUGCGGUUCGCUCGCCCUUAAACCUUAUCAAUACUGCUCACUUGAAUAUAGAAGCACUUGAGUGUUCUGAAUAACUGAGACUAAUGUUUUGGAAUAAAAUACAAAACAUUUUGAACCAUUGAGUUCAAAAGUUUAUACCAGAACUCCAUAUAGCCUUGUAUUAUGAAAUGAAGGAGUUCAUUAAUGAUUA